AUGGAUUUACUGACAGUGGCGAGAAUGAAUGGCUGGCUAACAUCUGCAAGGCCAUCCUACAAGUGGAGGCCGCGAACUGUUUCUGUGUGGAUUGGCGUGGUGGCUCCCUGGCCCUCUACACUCAGGCCUCAAAUAAUAUCCGUGUUGUAG